AUGUCCAAGAAGAAAGCAGUGCCAGCAUCUCUCCAUGCUGAACUCUCAGAAUACACAGCUCUCCUCCGCGCACUCAAAACUCGCGACUUGCUUGACCUCACAACUCAAUUAACAACUCCAGAAAUAACACGCAGAGCUGAAUGGGACCCUUCAUUUCCUCCACCUUCCUCGUCUCCAGCACCAUCACCACCAGUAGCAGGCCCAUCCAGACAGAAACGGGACCAAUGGACACGAUGGCCUCUCCCCGUCAAGGACGUCUACAUCCCACAAUGGUCUCUCGACGAUGAAAUCGCAGUCAUCGCACGCAAAUGCAUAAAGAACCAACUCGACUCUCUCGACAUCGAUCGAGUCCAACCCGCGACUCUGUACUCUGACCUCGACACCACGACCUAG